AUGAAUACAUCCUCACCGCGUUUACAAAAUCGGGCGCGUAUUGCUCCAGCACCGGAUACAAUGCGUUUUCCCCCAUCGACCGAUAUUCGUUCGCAUACAAUAACAAUACCGCCAACCGAACCGAAUCGUACAUAUCAAGGAUUAAAAACGUCCGAAAAUGAUGACAUGAAUUGUGUCGAAAUACUGGCCACAACAUUAUCGAUAAUCCUUAUGGUCCUGACAUUUCCCAUUUCGGUAUUCAUUUGCUUUAAAGUGGUGUCAGAAUAUGAAAGAGCUGUAAUAUUUCGUAUGGGUCGUUUACGUAGUGGUGGAGCAAGAGGUCCCGGUGUAUUUUUUGUCUUACCCUGCGUCGACGAUUAUUGUAAAGUUGAUUUGAGAACCGUAUCAUUUGAUGUACCACCCCAGGAAGUUCUAUCGAAGGAUUCGGUAACAGUAACUGUAGAUGCUGUCGUGUAUUAUCGCAUUAGUGAUCCUCUAAAAUCGGUUAUACAAGUCUCGAAUUAUAGUCAUUCCACACGUUUGCUGGCCGCUACCACAUUACGAAAUGUCUUGGGUACAAGAAAUCUAUCGGAAUUGUUAACCGAACGUGAGACAAUAUCUCACACCAUGCAAAUGUCAUUGGAUGAGGCCACCGAUCCAUGGGGUGUUAAGGUGGAACGUGUUGAAAUUAAGGACGUAUCACUACCCACUGCCCUACAACGAGCCAUGGCUGCGGAAGCAGAGGCCGCUCGUGAGGCCCGUGCCAAAGUAAUUGCAGCAGAGGGUGAAAUGAAAUCAUCCCGGGCAUUAAAAGAGGCUUCGGAAAUUAUUUCCUCCAGUCCAUCAGCUUUACAGUUACGUUACCUACAAACCUUGGUUAACAUAUCGGCAGAAAAGAAUUCCACAAUUAUCUUUCCAUUACCAAUGGAAUUGCUCUCGCCAUUUAUAUCGGCUGGUCAUAAUAAUCAUAAUUGUAAUUCCCACAAACAAUGA